UGCCACUGUCUGACCCUGUGUCCCCUCUCCCACAGGUGGACCGCUUCCUGCACUCCUACUCGCUGGUGGCUCAGGACCUGCCAGCAGAGCAGCUCCAGCACCUGCAGGAGCUCUUCUCCAGCGCUGUGGAGGAGCACACUCAGCUCUUGGCCCAGGUGCAGGGAGCGACGCUGGUGCCUCCGGAGCUGGAGUCCAGGCUGGGAAGCCUCAUUGGUCGCUUCCAGCUCUACCUGCGGGAGGCACGGGCUGUGUGCACCCGGUCCUGGGCCCGCUUCCAUCCCCUGCGUAUGGUGGGGGGCUGCACCCUCAUCGCUGCUUCCUGCUUGCUCUGCUACGUGGCCUCAGAGCUGGCCGCAGCAUCGGACUCUUUCUAUCGCAGCUGCCUCCUGUACCCACUGCUUUGGGGCUUGGUGGUGGCUGUUCUGCUUGGGCUGGCCCGUGCAUUCACCCAGGAGGGGCUGGAUCUCCUCCUGGUGCUGUCAUGGGCAGCUGCAGCUUCUCAACUGGGUUUUUUCUGGCACUGGUGGGGCGGGCAUCCCAAGCGAGCUCGUUUGGCAGGCAAUCAGCCACCCUUGGCCAGCGUUGGCCUGAGGCAGAGGCUGCGAGCGUGGCUGGGGCUGGCCUUCCCCAUGGGUAUUCUCCUCUUCCGCUGCGGAGCUAUGUUCUCCGAUAGUUUUGUGGUGGCCGAGGCCCGGGAAAAGCUGGCCUCGCUGGUGAUGUUGCUAGUAGGGAAGCUCCACUGGGACGGUCGCCUGACUGUGCCAGAAGGCCCCAGGCAGCAGCUCCUUGGCUUUUCUUCUUACCGGAGGGAGAUCUGGUACCUGCUGUGCCUCGUGGCCAUGCUCCUGGUCUGUGUGCGCGUCUCCAGUUUCUUCCACCAGUGCCGUGAAGAAAUCCCUCAGUGCCGGCCCUCUCUUUUCCUCUCCCCACUUGCCAGCCUGAGAAACACACGGGCCAAGAACCUCUUCUACCUCCUGUGCGUGGCCUUGCUGGCUGGGCUGGUCUAUGCAGUGCGGAGCUGGCUGCGACACUACGGCAACCUGAACAGCUCGGACCCCCUCGUGCUCUUUGUGCGCUGGGGUUUCCCACUGGUGGUCCUCUGCAUUGCCUGCUACUGGGCCGUCGCCUCCAGCGCUGAUGACUCUCUCGGCAAGCUGCAGGAGCUGGUGGAGGUGGCAGUUGUUGCCUUUCCUUGGGCUGUCUAUGGACUAGCGUUCGUGGGGCUGCUGCUCCUGCUGUGCAAUCCCAUGACAGUGUUCGCAAAGGACACACGGGAGCCGGCAGGAUCCAUUGUCACUCCCUACCUGGGGGCUCCCAGUUCUGAAGUCAACUUCCUCCACGUCAUCCCUCAGAUCUACAAGAGGAUGCAGGAAUCUCAGAAGAGCCGCCUGGAGCAGGGCAGCUGCAAGGCCACUGUUGCAGCGUACGGGCUGGGCAGCGUGUAUUCGGCAGCCCUGGUCAUAGCACUCACCCUGCUGGGCUUCCUCUUGAUGCUUCUGCACAGUGAACGGCUGAGCCUUGCCUUCCUUCUCCUCUUCCUGGAGGCCUUCAUGCUGCUGCACAUCCACACACGUGCCAGAGGCCUUGCUGGAGAUGCUGAGCCUUUUUCAGUGCCCUGGUACGCAGUCAUCUCCUGGCUCCUUGCUGCUUCCCAGUUCUUCUAUUCCACAGGCCACCAGCCCAUCUUCCCGGCCAUCCACUGGAAUGCAGCCUUUGUGGGCUUCCACCUUGACCACAGCACGAACCUCCUGCCUGCUGUCCUGGUGGGCGCCAACACCUUUGCCUCCCAUAUCCUCUUUGCAGUCGGCUGCCCUCUGCUCCUGCUUUGGCCCUUUGUGUGUGAGAUGCCCAGCUCACAGAAGAGGAAGCCCAAGAAGGAGCCCCGGGAGGAGCUGCCUGAGGUGGAGGAGCACAUGAUGGAGAUGAGGCUGCGGGAGUCCCCAGAGAAGUUCUCCGCUGCUCUGCUGCAGCUGGGGCUGAAGUACCUCUUUGUUCUUGGGACACAGCUUCUGGCCUGUGUUUGUGCAGCUAUGAUCCUCAGGAGGCACCUCAUGGUCUGGAAGGUCUUUGCCCCAAAGUUCCUCUUUGAGUCGCUGGGCUUUGUGGUGAGCAGCAUCUGCCUUCUGCUAGGGAUCUCCCUGGUGAUGCGCGUGGACUGUGCCGUCAGCACCUGGUUCGGCCAGCUUCAGCUCAGGUAG